UCUACACCCUCGGCAUCUUGCCCGAGGUUCUACACAACGACUUCAGUCAACCUCCUGGCAUGAACACUAAAGUAUCUCCUGUCCUGUUCUGCGCUGCAGUGUAGCUCGACGUCUAGUUCGGCAGAUACUGUGGGGAAGCAGGGGUCCCCGAAGCCCACCGGCUGCAGUGUCGCUGGGCAUCCGUAAAACAGCCGAAAGGAUUGACGACUUGCCCAUGGUGAUAGCCAUGGUGCCACAAAUUAAUAUACCAAAAGACAGCACAGCUGACACGGCCACACCAAUCUCCAUCUAAUGACCAAUUGCAUGCGGUUGAACUCUGCCAUUAGGCUCAAAUCCGCCUCUAUGGCCUAUAUAUCAUGUCCUGACAACAGACACAUUUGAAUGAGACACUGCAAUUCCAACAACCGCCUCAGGAUUCAACAUGGUUUCAUUCACUACCCUACUCCUCGCCUGCACGGCCGCACUCGGCGUGUUCAGCGCCCCCCUCGACGUCCUCACCGAUAUCGUGGAGCGCGAAGAUGCUAACAUCACGGCCCUCGACAAGCGCCAGACAACUAGUAAUGGAGAAGGCACCCAUAACGGAUACUUCUACUCGUGGUGGUCUGACGGUGCCGGCUACGCACAGUACACCAUGGGCGAGGGCAGCCGGUACUCUGUGACAUGGCGCAACACAGGCAAUUUCGUAGGAGGCAAAGGAUGGAACCCCGGCACGGGACGCACCAUCAACUACGGCGGCUCCUUCAGCCCCCAAGGAAACGGCUACCUCGCCAUCUACGGCUGGACCCGCAACCCCCUCGUCGAAUACUACGUCGUCGAGAACUACGGCACGUACAACCCCGCCAGCAGCGCGACACGCAAAGGUAGCGUCACCACUGACGGCGGCACCUACGACGUCGCGCUGUCGACGCGCGUUAACCAGCCGUCAAUUGAUGGCACGCGUACGUUCAAUCAGUACUGGUCGGUCAGGCAGGCGAAGCGCAGCAGCGGCAGUGUCAAUAUGCAGACUCAUUUCAAUGCAUGGGCGGGAUAUGGGAUGCAGCUGGGCAGCCACUACUAUCAAAUUGUGGCGACGGAGGGUUAUCAGAGCAGUGGUAGUUCGGAUAUCUAUGUGCAGACGAAGUGAGGC